AUGAAGUUCCCCUACGCACGAAAAAUCCGCAGAAACGCCGGGGCGUAUCUUUCCCCGGUAUACCUGGUUGUCGAUGCUCUUGGCAAAUGCGACCAGAGUGACCUCGGCAUUCGGGAUCUGAGGUUGCUCAUUUCGGGGACCCUCGAGAUCACAAACAAGGUCAAGUGUCUUCUAUCCAGUCGGCCCGAGGUAACAUUUACACCAGGCUCAAAACUCAGGAGACACCGGGAGCGGUGGUGGAAAUCAAACGCCCAGUGUCCACCGGAGCCGGUGAACGCCCGCCUCAACCACAAGCUCUUGGAGCUCGAGCGUGUCAACGGUUACGCGCAAUCAUUCCACCAAAGAAUAUCUGCAGGACUAUUUUACGUCUGA